UACACGUACUAGCUAGCUUGCAUUGAAGCUUAAAACAACGAAUCUCCGAAAUCUUUUUCUUUGUUUAUUGUGAUGAAGUCUCCAAUAUCUUCAUUGCAAUGGCUUCCUUUGAUCAUCUUUCUUAUCUUCUUAACUUCUAUACUCAGUAGCACUACUACUGCAACAACGAUAUUUGAUAUUCCUACACUCAGUCCACUUGGAGGAAUUCUGCAAGAUCCUGAAAUAGUAUUCUCUGCAAAUCUUCCGGAUGAAUUCGAAACCUUUUACUAUAAUCAAACACUUGAUCACUUCAACUAUAUGCCUGAAAGCUACUCCACUUUUCAGCAAAGAUAUGUGAUCAAUUCCAAGUAUUGGGAUGGUGCAAAUCGUAGCGCACCAAUUUUAGCUUAUCUUGGCGCAGAAGCACCAUUGAGUGAGUCCAUCAUCAUGUACAGCGUCGGAUUUCUUGCUGACAACGCCGCGGAGCUUAAGGCUCUCUUAGUAUACUUAGAACAUCGAUAUUAUGGGCAAUCGAUACCACUCGGAUCAAGAACCGAAGAAUUUAGAAAUGCAAGCACUCUCGGGUACUUCAACUCAGCCCAAGCUAUAGCAGAUUAUGCAGAAAUCAUCAUAUAUUUAAAGGAACAGCUACAAGCACAAUAUUCUCCAGUUAUCGUCGUUGGAGGAUCAUAUGGAGGAAUGCUAGCUUCGUGGUUUCGGCUAAAAUAUCCUCACGUUGCCAUUGGCGCCUUAGCUUCUUCAGCUCCAAUCCUUUACUUUGACGACAUAACACCACAAGAUGCAUAUUACUCUGUUGUCACCAAGGAUUUUAGGGAAGCUAGUGAGACCUGCUACCAAACUAUAAAAGAUUCAUGGUCUGCAAUCGAUGAAGUUGCAUCUCAGCCUGAUGGUCUUCUUACCCUUAGCGACAUAUUCAAGACUUGCCAUCUCCUAUCCUCAUCUUCUGUUCUCAAGCAGUAUUUGGUGUCAAUGUAUGCCAGAGUAGCUCAAUAUAAUAGUCCCCCAAAGUAUCCUGUUACCGUUGUCUGCGGCGCCAUAGAUGGAGCCCCACCUGAAGCAGAUAUUCUUGACAAAGUAUUUGCAGGUGUUGUUGCAUAUUUUCCAAAUGAAACAUGCUAUGUCAAUGCACCCCGAAAUUUAUCUGAAACAGUUGUAGGCUGGGCAUGGCAGAGAUGUAGUGAGAUGGUGAUUCCCAUAGGAAUUACCAAUAAUUCUAUGUUCCAGCCCUCACCUUUUAACCUAAGCCACUUCACUGAGGAAUGCUUGAGCAAAUAUGGUGUACCGCCUAGGCCUCAUUGGGUCACUACUUAUUAUGGAGGCCAUGAUAUAAAACAGGUUCUAAGUGGGUUCGGAAGCAACAUCAUUUUCUCCAAUGGUCUCAGCGAUCCUUAUAGCAGUGGCGGAGUGCUUGAAGACAUAUCAGAUAGUAUUGUUGCGGUCUAUACAGUUAACGGAUCUCAUUGCUUGGAUUUACGUCGAGCAAACCAAAGCGAUCCAGAGUGGUUGGUCACGCAGCGAAGGGUUGAGGUUGACAUCAUCAGAGGAUGGAUCACCGAGUACUGCUCUUCUCAUGAUGAUCUUCUGACUGCAAUAAUUUAAAAUCACCGUACCCAAGCGAUCGAAUUAAGCCUCAGGAAAUAAGCUGCAUUCAGCAAAUCAAUUAAUAUUAAUGCCUUCACGUACUGUGUGUAUUAAUGAUCAAUAUUGUCUACGUAUUGGCAGGGGCAGGAUAAAUAAAUAUGAUCCAUGUACAACACUUAAUUCGUAGGGCAUUGAAGGGAGAGAAAUAGUGCUAUUGUACUUGCAUUUUUAAUCAUAAUUAUACUUACGAGGCUCAUU